GAAUGUGUGAAAGGGCUCCAUCUUGUCUGUAGCAUGAAGGUAGAACAGAGGUUACGAGGCGGUAAAAAGGGAGCACCUCGUAGUCGAGGAAGAGGGCAAAGAAAAACUUUUCAAAAGACAGACUUGAUGGUAACCUUACCGAACGAUGAAAGCAAAGAAUCUCGCCUCAAACCGCCUGUGAGUUCUACCCAACCACGAAAGAUCGUUCGAAUCAGCCAAAAUAAAACUGGUAAGCUUAAGAUAUGUUUACCUUGUUAAACAAAUUCGAAUUGUUCCUUUUACUGAAAGCAGCUUCUAUCCUAGAAUCUACGGAUUUGGAAAAAGUGACAGUCAAAUCACUUGAGGAAAUUAAGCGUGAGAAAGAAUUGAGGAAAGAAUCGGCUGUGCUUUCGCGCUUGUCCAUCCCUUCAUUGCCUGAUCCUGCUUCCCAGAUCGCAAAUGGCAAUGCUGCAGAUAGUGCCGAGAAUGAUGUUAAUGGCUCCAGUAAGUAUUUAAUAGGGUUAAAACCUUAAUUAUAUAGAAAGCAAAGAAUUUAUCGGGCAUUUUGAACCCCUUCUAGAUCGAAAAUAAGUCAUGAGAACCGACUAUCUAAAUGUAUGCUCCUGUCGUCACGCUGUUUGGAUGGUUAGGCUGCGUCCGCGUCCCACGUUUGCUCUAGCUCUAGACAACAGGAACUCAGGAGCUAAGAAGAAAAUUAAAACCUGUUCUGUGGAAAAAAGCAGCUUUAUAUUUUAGUUUAUGAACCAAUCUACUCGUUGUCCACUAGCACAAUGCAUUAAAAGCUUCUUCUUUUUUUUUUAAUUGGCCCAGUCUCCCCGCCAAGGUUUCUAUGGUACAUUGUUUUUUCGCCAUGCCGGUCUUCUCUUUACUACAAACAAGACCCCAAUGGGUGGGGCCUAUGGGUUGCUAUCUGUGCGAUGCAGUGGUUUAACCCGUUAAGAUGGCUCGGCCCAGUAUUUUUGUAGGUACACCUUCCAUCUUUGAAUCUCUUAUACUUAGACAAAUUGAUCUUUAUUGUAAAAACAUAACACAUGUAUUAAACAUAGACUAAACUUUAUGAUGAUACUAAUUUUUGGGCAAUCAUAAUAAAUAUCACAUGAAAAUAAUGUCACAAUAGUUUUAGCUCUAAAUCGAAUUAUUGCCGUCAUCUGCAUUUUCUUUGGAAAUGCUUUAUGCCACCUAUGCUUUGGGUACUUGUCUUCUGUUGUGCGAAAUUUCACAAAAAUCUAUAAAAUGAAAUUUGAGAUAAAUGUACGCUAACGGCUUUCCGUUAAACGGGUGAAAUGCACGGCUUCCGAAUGGGUUGCAAACCGGGGGGGGGGGGCACUUCGGUAUUUUUUGGGUGGGUAUGUGCCGCCCUGAACUCUAAAUUGGCACCCUGUUCUAAAAAAAGUUUCCCUUAAAAUGGAUACCCCGUUCUAGAAAUAGGCCAAUUUUUUAUGCCCCGUUCUAGAACUCACCCUAAAACUGAUACCCCGUUCUAGAAAUGGGCCAAUUUUUUUAUACUCCGUUCUAGAAAGUUUGUAAAUUGAAAUAGCCCUGUUUUUUUAAAAAGUUAUUUCUUUAUUUGUUCGACUUAUACAUCAAAUAAAUGCUUCUUCCUAAUCAGCAGCAAUUUUAAGCAGAAGAUAAAGCCGUGAUCCACAAUUUUUUAUACCCCGUUCUAAAUCAGGAGCUUCAAAAUCACGACCUCGUUGGGUGGCACAUACCCGUAUAGGUAAUGUAUGGGAGUACCCCCCCCCAGGGUUGCAAACAGCUCACUCACCCUUUUGAAUGGGUUCAUCGAACAGCUGAACGGGUUAUGAAGUAUUCCAAAUGGCUAACAUGAGCGGGGGAACUGCUUUUUCACCUGUUUGAAUGGCUUCAUCGAACAGCUGAAUGGGUUGUGAAGGUAUUUUGAACGGCUAACACGACCGGGCAAAUGGCUUACUCACCCAUUUGAAAGGGUUAACAAAACAGGUGAACACAGUCUUGAAAAGUCCUUGUAUUUUAGGGAAAGUCCUUGAAAAGUCCUUGAAUUCCAUUUUUACUUGAAAAGUCCUUAAAUUUCUGUGUAAGUCCUUGAAAAGACCUUGAAUUUUCUUCAACUUUGAAUGUAGUGGCCUGGAAAGAAUUUUUUGAUGCUUUUUGGUUGUCCAAGACAGAAUAUAAAUCAUAGCUCAGAGAAUUUAAAGGUUAUUUACAUACUUAGUGGCCUAUGUUUUAUGCAAUAAAUAACUGUCAGUUUAAGACAAGUGAACUGAAAAAUGUAGAGAAUUUGGUGAAGCAAACAGUUCAAGCCUUAAAGUCCUAUUAGAAUACACUGGGAAUGUGUAUUUUUGUACAGUCUGUGAAAUUAUAUUCCUGGUACAUGUAGGUGGUCUUUGAAAAUCUAAUGUGGUCCUUGAAACGUCUUUGAAAAAUGGUUGCAAUUUUUUGUAUGAACCCUGUCUAAACCGAUAAUUGUAAGUUGAGAUCUCAUGCAGUGUUCUCCUUAUCAGGCGGUAACCGGUAAAAUUUACCGCCUGAAGCAACACUUCUUACCGCCUGCAACUGCUUAAAGGUUUACCAAAAUUAAAUAAUUAAAAAAAAAAUAUAUGUAAAAUGUGAUCCGAUCCAAUCCUCACAAGAAAAUGAAAGAAUAUAUGGAAAAGUAUAGCUACCUAAGUACAAAACGUACAGCCCAAAAAUAAUGUACGUGCAGGAACUUCUUUUGGCGUCCGCAAGCUGGCAACUUCAUGCGGCUUUUUGCAGGGCGCUUGCGCUUGAAUCCAGCAAGACGCAAGAACUUCUUUUGCGGUUAUAAAUUUAACCACAAGAAUUUCUUAAAAUUAUCUUGUGCAAAGGUAAUCCUUUAAGCGAGGAAAUGUGUGCAAUUUUGAUAAAGAAAAGCAGCGCUUCAAAAAAUAAGGAACGAUCGUAGUAUGUUUCGCAAAAGAGCCGUGUAAUUUGAGACCGCACGUGCAACUGUGUCAACUUAAAGCACUCUCGGAAAAAAAAAACAUGCUAAAGUAAAGUAAGGAAUAUUUUCACUAUAUCCGCGCGAUGGUUACCGCCUUUGCGGAUUAAUAAAGUAAAAGUAAAAGUAAAAGGCUCUUUCAAAUUAGCGCAAUAAAGUAAUAAUAAUUCCCAUGUUUUCUUGUGGGCAGAAAUUCAACGCCUUUGGUUUGUUUUGCCGAGACUACAAUAUUGUACCAUGAAAUGAUCCAAUUAAUCGAAAUGUUCGAAACUACAGAUCGUUUUGUUAAACAAACGCCUCACACGCGUUAUCUAACUUUGGAAAAGCUGAACGAUUGAAGUGUUCACUUCGCAGAAAAAGCAGAGAAAGCUGUUCGCUUUCCCAGGCAAUUUUUUACGUGUGGCCUUUCAUGAUUACCUUUUGCUGCCGCAGAGUGAAUUAGUAUCAACGCUACAAAACGGUGUUGCAACAAAAAGGUGACAAACACUACAAACUUCUUUCAGGUUAACACUUGUAAAGAACUUCAUGAGCCUUCUUGAGGCUUACCAGCGUGCAAAGAAAGUAGUGUCCGAUAGCCCGGGGCUAGUGGAUUUUGCUAUCAGGCUAGUGAAUUCUGUUGUUAACUUGCCCGACGGGCAAGUGAGGUUUUUUGAGCAGUUCGAAUAAUAGAAGAACUAUGAAAUCAAUUCUGCUGGUCAAAGAGCGUCUGGGGGUAGUUGAAGUGACACCUGGGCUAGUAAAUGCUAGCUUCAGCUUGCCCGAACGGCAAGCUGUAAAAAUGACUUUCUUUGCACCCUGGGCUUACGGUGAUUUUCUAGCUUCUUGCGGUGAAGAUUUUUGACUUCUUUCGUUUCAAAGUUCUUGCGGGUAAACCACAAAGGGUCCGCAAAAAUACGGCACUUUCACUUCUUGCGGUGGCUUGCAUGUUCUUGCGGCGCAGCAACUUCUUACGCCACUUUUUGCGCAUGCAUAAUUUUGGUUCUGUACUAGUACUGUAUAUGCAGCUUUCCUUUUUAGGGACAUGCGUUUUGGAAAGAGGACAUUAAAGACAGUAAAAUUAUUGGAAUCAAACGUUUUGAUUUGUUGUCUAAAGAUAACGACAGGAGAUUUGCGUAAAAUAGGUCUUAAAAUAUGGGAAUAAAAAAUUUCCCAGUGAGGGCGGGUCCAUGUCCCUCACUCCACUGCCCCCCCUCCCCCCAUCUUAGAAAAGUAUAUAUUUUUUGCCUCACCGUCCAUGAAUGGUCCAGUGUUCUCACCAGGCAGCGGCCUUGCGGGAUUCCCGCAAGAAAAACUGAAAUGGCGCAUUAAAACCAAGAAGAUGCGCCCGUUAGGGCGCAGGGGCAAGCUACGAGUCAAACGGACUUUAGUAGUUUUAAUGGUCAACCUAACACUAAAGCAUUCUGUUUGUUUGAAAAAAUAAAAAACAUGAUAUCAAAUGAGUCAAAGUCUUUAAUUUUGUUGCCUUUACUUUCAUUGGUCCCACGCACGUCCCACUACAUCGUAAACUCCUCCUCCGAAUCGUAAACACCUCUUCCGCCAUAUUGGAUCAGGUAGGUACUUCAUGUAACAGACAAUUUGGAGUGCGGGCUCAGGUUCUUUGUACCGCAUGUUUUUUGUAACUUUGUCCCCCUAAUGUUCUUACAGGGCCCCUAUUUCUCAGAAGAGGGGGCCCUGGGACUCCCCAAGGCAAAAUCCUGGUGAGAACACUGAUGGUCCCUUACCUGCUGAGCUAAAAUUUAGGGAGAACACUGCUCAUGUCAGAAAUAGGUAGUCUGUGUGGGCAGUAACUAUAUUUUUAUUUAGUCGUAUUGCUGUAAGAGGAAACUGGGUAAGAUUUCUGUACAACCCCAUACAUGUAUUAUGCAUGCAGCAAUUUCAUAGUAUUUUUCCACAAAUAGUUAACAUGAGUAGAGUCGAAACAAGCAUGGAUAAUAAACGUAUGGGGUUGUCAAGGCGCUGCCUGGAGAAAAUUUUGUGGGAACCCUUUGGGCUCCUAAAAUAAUAAGUUAGGAGCCUGAGCCGCAUUUUAAAAAGGUCGGUAACUUUAUUAACCCUUUGGUGACGGCCAGCGAGUAGUGAAAAAACCACAUUUUUCACCAAUUCUUCUUCUUUAGACUAGUUUUUGGCUAAUUAGCAUAAGAAUGGCUAGAAUAGGUUUGGCAAGAAAAAAGGCAUAUUUUUCGACUAAUCGGACAUAAUUAAACAGCUUUUUUUUUUGCGCAAAAACCAAAAUUUGGACCUUUUUUUGCGAAUCUAUUUGAAUCUUUCUCUCUUGCUCUCUUUUUUCCUUUGCCUUUCUUGUUUAUUAGCAGUGUUGUUGCCCCAUUGUAUUGUUCUUCUUUUGGAUGGAAUUGUGGCUGGCUAACUUUAUAGGAAAGGGGUAAAUUUAAUCGUCAAAGAGUAGUAUGUAAAUAGCGAAAUUGGCAGUGGACUUUUCCGCAAAAUGUUACCUUUUUUUAGUGAGUGUAACUGUGACAGGAUUGGUCAGAAUAUCCAAAAUGAGGUAUUACUCAAAAGAUCUAUCUUUGAAGAAGUUAAUGUUUAUCAAUAUUUAUUCAAUAUCUUCCUAGAUAAGUCAGGAAGGCUUAAGGAGCGUUGCGUGACGAGAAAAAAACUGGAACAAUACUUGAGCCUUAAACAAAUCGAGUUUCGAGAAACAAGCAUUUUUCAUAUUCAUCACUUAAAAGGAUUUUGAGAAAUGAUUUAUUUCUUGAGAAACAUAACAACAACCAUUUGCACAUACAGCGAACACACCGACCAACAGCACUUGCGUGUAGAAUUUAAACAAAGUUAAGUUUAAGUUUUUAGGUGAUAAAAAAGGACCAAUGAAAGGUUUUUAUCUGGAGGUUAGGAAAAUUGACUCAGUAGUUUUGUAUCAAGUCUAUGUUUUGAAGUGUCGCAACUGUUUUUAUAUUUGUGAAGGUUUGUAUUUACGUGAGUACACGUGACGGUGAAAUUAACAAGAGAUUGAAACACGAUCUUGAAUAGCCGCUGUGAAUCAUUUUCAAAACCUGGAAUAUUUUUGUGAGCGUUUCAAAAGUUAGUCUGAGAAUCAUAAGUUUAAGGCACCUGUUCGGGCUCCCUGUUUGAAAUUUUGGCUGUCCGAGGGUAAAUCGUAGGCGCCCGGGCUCCCGUUAGGCAGCAGCCGAGGUUAUACGAAAAUAAAAACUGGAAAUUGUUCAUGGAGGGGUUUGUAAGGGUUUGCAGAGAUGAGGUUUUGCUUGAUUCUUGGUGUGGUUUUGCAGAAAGUUUUAUUUUAAGUUGCUGUAUUGCUGUUUUAAAAAACUAAGCAGUUUGUGGUAUUUAGAAAUUUUUGGUUGAUUUCAAUGCGGUUUGCGAUUUUCUCAUGUUAUUCUGUGCAGUGUAGUGGUAUUCGUAUCCUUCUUAUGCCCCCCUGCCCUUUAUGGCUGCAGUCAGUGCAACACUGUGGCUUGCCUAACCUAAUCUUAACCUUCUAGUCGCCAAAAAUUAUAUUUAAGAACUAAUGGAAUAAAAUAAACUUAACAUCUUUUACUUAGCCUUAACAGAAAAAGAAGUUUUAGACUUCUUUUGAACUUUCUUUCAAACAGUUUUUGCGCUAGGCUCGAUUAUUGUUAAAAUGUUUAGACAAACCGUUAGAGCGUUUGGGCAAAAUGUUAGAGCGUUAGAAAAACUGUUAGCUAUCCGUUAGUUUUGUAAAGGAUAACAAAUUAUCAUUAGUGUAUGUUUUCCUAAAGAAGAAAGUUACCUAUCUUGGGGGCCAGGUUGGUUACCAGGCAUGAAAAUUUAGUCGCCACUGAGUAAAAGCUGGUCACAUUGGUGCAACAUCGAGCCCUGUAAAGAAGGAUUACAUAAAAACCUUUUCAAAUUUCUUUUAAAAAUUAUACUAUAUUGUAGAAUAAUUAUUGUCUUAUUAUUAUUAAUUAUUUCUAUUAUCUGCAGAGCUAACUUCCUCAGCAAGUGUACCUGGUUCAAGUACAGCAAAACCAAAGCUAAGGGACUUUUCCAUUCCUCUUAAACCAUUACCAGCCCAAUCAUCAGCCAACUGCAAGAUAUUGCAUGCCAAAUCCCAAGUUGCAACGGUCUCAAGGUAUGUUUAAAGUGAAAUCUGUAUUUCUUAUCUUUCAAAUAACCCUUCCUUGCAUCAAUGUAUCGCACCCCAAGAACCCACCUUUGAUACUUUCGCUUGUAUGAAAGUGUUUUUUGAUGCCAGUUUACUAGCUUGUUGAAGUUCUAAACAGUCACCUUUCUAGCCAUAACGACCAUAAAAUCUACAGUAGAACCGCGCUAACUCGAACUCUAUAGGGAAACCAAAAACAUUUGAGCUAGCUGGGAUUCCAGUCAUUCGCAUUGAUUGAAUAUUCAAUUUGUCAUGUUUAUAAUUGACAGUUACUAAUUUUUCAGCACCUCGGUAUAUAGUACGGUGCCAAUUAAGUUGUUUCAUCAGAAACAGUAAUGUGAUUAUGCAUUUUUUGAUAAAACAUUUUCUGUUAGCAGCAGUUUGCUGUAGUCAGAGUUUGAGUUCUACUGAAAUUGCAUGAAUUUGAGAGGUAAAUAAAUUUGAGAUAGAAUGUCAGUCUUAAAAGUCAAAAUUUCUCUGUGAGAUUUGGUAACCUGAUUUGUUAUGUAUCUGAGAUAUAAUCUGAAUCGGUCUUCCCAUGUUUGCCCUUUCAUUUAGUCUAUCACAAGUGGAGGAACAUGAAAUGGAAACUCGUGAGGUGCGGAUGGAUUUUGACAGCAAAUUGGCUGAACAAGAUUUUGAUUAUGUUGAUGAUGAGGAGGAAAGUGACUCCGUUGAAGAUUAUGAUGAAGAUUUUCUGCUAAAAGAGGAUGAAGAAAUAGAGAUGGAGGGAGAUUCUUCCUUGAAACAGUCUCUUAACUCCAAUUUCAGUUCCUAUACAAGUGAUGAGCCAGAGGAUGAUGAGAUCUCCCUUCAUCCUGAUGAUUCAAUGUUUGAUGAGGAGGAUGAGCCCAGGUUAGUUUACUUCAUCACAUGGUUAUGUGUUUUUUUGACAACAGUACCAUGUGUCUCCCAAACCUGUUUGGCCAUUUUAGUUCUGAUUAGGCGCUUUGUAGUUUGUCAUUCAUUUGGUACAAACUUGCCACGCAGGAGAGCAAGGCGCACGCAGGUAGGAGACAAACAAAUGGCUCACAUCGUUAAUUUUAAAAUGGUAAUUUCCUUUGUUUGUCUACUCCCAGUGCAUCUCUAGUAUGGCAGUUUUGUACCAUGGGAAUGAGUAUUUGCAAAUGGCCUAUUGGUAUUGGCAAGGAUUUUUUUUCUCAUUUUGUUUUUGCUGAUUUUUUCUUUGCAGCCAACAUGUAACAGGCUUUCAUUUACAAUGCACGUGUUACAUGCACAGGUUUUAAGUUAAAUGCACAAUGUGCAGGUUCCCAAGGGCUGGUAGCUAUCCAUUUAUUUUUCGAGCAAUUUAUUCUUAUUUUUUUACUGACACUGUGAGACAAUGAUCGUAAAUUCUAUAACCAAAAGCAGUUACAAAUGUUAAAAAUUUUCCUUUACCAUUCUGCCAUCAGGUCAUCAAAUUCCAGGACAUUAGGAAGAAGAUCAGGCAGUCAAUCAAAAGAUUUAAGGAGUCAAAUUACUGAUAGACAGAAAGGAAACUCCACUAAAAUGAUCAACAUAACAGUUGGCGAACCUGAAGGUAAUGAAGUAAAGGAUGAAAGGCAGGGCAUGUCUGAGUCCUCAGAGCAAGAUGAAAGUCUGCUGAAAAGGUCAGAAAACAGAGAAAGAGAUUCUAGAAACUCUUCUCAUAAAAGGUUAAGUAGAGAACGAGAUAAUAGGCACGGACCGAGAGACUCAAGACAUUUUGUUGACAGGAGAAAGGGCAGAGCUCGGUUUAGAGGUUCUGUUCCCAUGAGGGGUAAAGGUAGUCAUGGAUCAAGACAAGCUCCAAGGAAAGGGAAUGUUCCUAAUGUUUUUCCUAAUACAAUACCUCCAUUGCCGUCCCUUUUGGGACAUGGUGGUGGUCUCCUGCCACUUCCUAGUCCUGCCAAUAUGGGUUUAGUGUCCCAGAUACAAAGAGCUUUAGAGGCUAACAUUGUGAAUAAUUUAAAAACUCAAGUGGAAAUGCUGACAAACCCUCCUCCAGUACCGGGAGAAAUUAUAACAAACUUUGAUCAAAGCAAGAAGCAUACUAGUGUUUUGCGUGGGGCUCAGAAUGUUCCAAACGACAUCAGGAACAGUGGCCGGCAUUCAGCAAGAAGAACUCAUAACACUCAGCCGAAGCCUUCAAGUGUCUCUAAGCAGUCAAGUAUUUCAACAGUUACUCAACCUGCACAGGUAUCGUCUCAGCAAAAUGACAACAAGGGCAGAGAUAUUCCUAAGUGGUUACAGAAAACAUAUAAACAAGGUCAAGAAAGCCAAGCAAAUGCUGUGAGAGGUUUUACAUCAACCAAAGAUGAACAAAAUACUGCUGUGUCACCGAGAAGCAAGAACACAGCCACUGCAAAAGAAAGUUUUGAAUAUGGCCACAGCAGUAGACCAAUAAUUGAUUCAACGCUAACCCAUCGUUCUCCUCAUUCAGACAGUAAUGUAGAGAUGCAGUUGUCAUCAAAUAAAAGGAGAAGUCCAUUUCAUGCUGAAGAAGUGCCACAUGGAGGUAAGAUUGUGGUUGCAACAAGCCCAGAAGGAAUACCUCAGCCAAGAAUGCAGAAUAGAAGUCCCAAGCAGUUAUACCCCGAACAGUUUCAGACAGGGAGCUAUUUGAGCAAACCCUGGCAUUUGCCAAAACAAGAACUUGAGGAGGUAGGUAAUAAAUGUGUCAAGCCUAUUUUGGAUUGAUGGACUCAUAAAUCAAACUUGUAAAAUGACCCUUUUUGUCCUCUUAUUUUUCAGCACCAAAAAUUGCGUCAACUGGGACAUGUUAACAGGUAUCCAGGCUACACCUCUCUAUUCUUAAGAUGUAAAGCUUGUAUGAUGAUUAAAUGAAACUCAAAUAUGUGCAUGUUACUUUACUCAAGUAACAUUAUAUAAAGCGAUAUUUCAUAUUAGUAAAAUCCAACUAGUGGUCUAUUAUCAAUGCUGCAUUCUGAUUGGUUACUGAUUGAGCUACUACUGAUUGGUUGCUGAUUGAGCUACUACUAUGCUAUAUGUUAUAGCCCACUAGUAGCGAAAAGCGCGGGCUUUUUGGUGGCAAAAAAGGAUUAGAAUUUAGCUUUAACUAGCUAAAUGUUUUUUAUUGUCGAUAUUUUUGACCAACUAGUUGGAUUUUGUUAAAACAAUUAUUCCUCUGGCCCUCAUGGCUUCUGAGUCAAUAGCCCACUCGGGCUCGAGGAAUAAUUGUUAAUUAUAAAAUAACUAAGGAAGUACGCUCGCUGUGAUUGGCCGAGAGGAGUGUUUGCAUGAGAGUAUGUAAACAUGGUUGUAACGUCAAGAUGUUGUUGCUUUUCGUGCGCUAAUCACCCAAGCACAAAUUUAAAAAAGGUUUUGAGUUAAAAAACUCAACAUGUUUACUUUAUUUACCCAUUUCCUCGUCGGCUGAAAAAGAGAAAGAAACAUGUGAGAAAAACCCAUAUUUUGGCAAGCUUUUUUUUUGCAAAACAAGGACUGAUUAUUCAUACAAGCUUUGUGUACAAGAGUGGUAAGAAUUUCUCUUUUAAUCAGUGCUCUAAACAAGAGAGGUUUGCUUUUUUUCUCGGGAAAGUUAUUUUAUAAAAGCAAUAGAAAACUUUUUUCUUGUGUUUCCAUGUCCUGAUAUAAACACUCGAGGGGUUGGGAGAAUUCUCAACAGUUAUGCAAACCCAAGUCUUGAAUUCUCCCAACCGCUCUCGUGCUUAUAUCAGGCUAUGCAAACAUGGAAAACAUUUAAUCUAUUGCUUAAAUGGUACAUUAUUUUUGUUAUUCAAAUGUACCAACAACAAAAGCAACUUUGAUUGUCACAUUUAUACCAAUAAGUGAUACAGGGUUCUCAAUAGAAGGCGGCACCCGGCGAUUGAUCGCCGCUUACUUUGGGAUUUAUAGCCGCUUACUUUGUGUUUAAGUCGCUUUUCUUUGCUUUGUUUUGACACCUCUGGCUUUGCUGAAGAGCCUCCUACUUAAUCAGUGAUCACCUCCUGCUUAAAAAUCUAUUGAGAACCCUGGUGAUACAAUGCAAAAUAUUGCAAAAACAUGAAUAAAUUAAAGUUUUGUAUUUAAUAGAAGCUGCACAUGCAAAUUCAUUUCUGCUAUAAAUUUUAUGUAUUAUUUUGAAGUGAGGCUUUCUCUGACACAACCAGGGCUAUCACUGAGAUUUCAAGUUGCCUGGUGCAUAUAAAUACAGCAAGUACAUUUGAUCUGUGCAAAGAAGAGAGAUCUUCUUACGUGUAAACAUUACAUGUAUGUCUUUGUUACAUGUUACUGUAUUAAGAUAGUAGUAAUUCAUAUGUGUUUGUUUUCAGCCAAGACCAUCUAGCUGUUGUUGAGCCAGCUUCUGUGCAGCAACAAAUCAAAGGUACAGCACUGAUACGAUAAGGUCUAACAAUAACUUCUGUUUAAUGAAUCAUUGGUUCUUGGACAAAUUGAACUAGUUUAGGAACAGAGAACCUGCUGACCAGCUGGUAUGAUGUUCUCUACUUAGUCAGCCGAGUUUUUUUCACAAAUGCAGGCUUGAAGUUGGGAAUUUUGUUGAAAUUUUAACUUUUGUUGUUGGAAAAACUUUCAAAUAAUUAUGGUAGUCUUUACCGUAAAGCCCAAAUAAGCUAAGAAAUAUUUCAAGGCAAGUAAAUUUUAAUCUUUAUACAUGCAAAAAUGUUAAAAUACGUGUAGUGCAAUCUAACAAGUGCCUUAUUCUGCUUAAAAGAACUCUGAGCCAUGUUUUUGGCUCAUAUACCAGGUCCCGAUUGUUUAAGGUGGGUAAUGCUAUCCAUGGGAUCUGGGCUACAAUGCAGUUGGUUUUCCUAAUGUUUUCUCCAUUGGAUAGUGAUUUAUUUGGUGGAUAGUGUUAUCCACUUUGUGAACAGCUGGGGCCAGUUUGAUUGAUACCAUAUGUGCUGUCAGUUAAGUGCUGUUUAUUAAGGUGAAGUAAGUGUAACAUAAUUUUUGCAAUCACUUUUUUUAGUGGACAUUCCCGAUGUGUCAUAUGACUUGGUCAAUGAACUAUUGCAAAAUGGAAAUCUGGGUAAGAUUUUUGAUAGAAUUAGUAAGCAGUAUUGUCUCCUAACACAUGGUUCGUGCAAUCUUUAAAAGGUCUUGAAUUUUACUAGUCGUCCUGAAAAGUACUUGUAUUCGGUUUAGGUCCUUGAAAAGUACUUGAUUUCUUUAUUAGGUCUCAAAAAGUCCUUGAAAUUCACAACCUCAUCUAUGCCAGAUACCUUUCUCUGUAAAAUUAGAUUAUUUUGCCGAGGAAAAUUUGGCUUAUCCUCAGUGUAAGAACUUGUAAAACUCACUGGUAAUGUAAAAACAUUUUUGCGCAUGAACAAUAUUUUAUUUCUGUUUCUUUAUUUUAAAUGCCGUUUCUGUACCUCAGAUGCAGUUGCAAGUCAUACCAAGUCAUUUUGCAAAGUUUUGUGGAAAUUGUAUAAAAUUAUGUGAUCAACAGUGGCCGAAGAACUAAAAAUCAUGAAUGACUCCAUGACGUGUUUUAGCCAAUACGGUGAUCAUAGGGGGUUAAAGAAUGCCAAUUUAUGAAAUAAAUGUCAGUCCUUGAAAACUGUAAUUUAUUUGUCCUUGAAAUUUAGUUUGUCUAAAGUUGUAUGAACCGUGUUAACAGGUAAAUAGGUACUGAAUAGAUGUCCAGUUUUUUUAGACAGGCAUAGCUAGUUUUACAAAGCCUACUAAGCUUGUUGAAAAUGGUUCCAAGCCAUAAUAUGCUUCCAGAGUUCUCAACAUCUUUCUUCAACUAAUGAGAUCUGUAGAAAGUCAUAACAAGACAGUAUUAAUAAAAAUAUUUAUUCAAAAUAUUUCUGUUUCUGAUUGGUUCAAAUCCCAAGGCAAAUUCUUCAUAAGCACCUAGCCCUGACCAAGAUUUGAAGGCAUUAGUUAUAUGUAAAUAAUGACAUCAAUAGAACAGCAUUACUAACCGAAAAAUGGAUGGUAACUGAGAAACCGUGGGAACGAGGUUCUGUUGUUUUGGUAGAGCAUUACAAAACGAUGGUACAUUUUACAUGUUUUGUGAAGAAGAAAUAGCCAUACUUCUGCCCAGAAACAUAGGAAGAGCACCAAGAAUACAACUCAACAGACAACAUCUGCUAUUUGGAGAAUAUCUGCAGAACUAAACACCCCUUUUUCUCUUGACCUUACCAGAAAACCGACAAAUAAUGUUUUAGCUUGUUCUUAAUCAAGUUUUUGAAUGAACGUUAACACAAUUAUUGGAUUGGGCUUUUGUGUGACGUGAGGAAUUAUUGACAUCUUAGACGGUGCUAUCCACCUCAAGUUAAUUGGCCGCAGUGGAUGGUACCCUCCUCAACCUCCAUAUUUCUUCAGAUCAUACUCGGCCUCGUCCAUUAAUAAUUGCUGUAUAAUAAUAAAACCUCUGCCCUUUAACUUUUUCGUCAGCUGCUUUUUAAUAAUUCUUAGCCAGGCACAAAUUGUUAAUCUAUUGCCAUUAACAAGCUCACCUGUUCUCUAACUUAACCACUCAUCACAAUACAGUCACCUUUUUUUCUUGUGUUUGCCCUAUGAUUUUCCCAGCAAAUUGACCCCAGUCCAGGCUGGCAAAUUGCAUUGUGAAAAUUUGAGAACUUAGAAAAAGUGCAUUUUGAUCUUGAGAGAAAUAUGGGCCGUGCUUUUCUGUCUAUAGGUGCUGCUUGGCAAAUGAUUGAGAAACUUCGCAGUAUGAAUCACCCGCCUGAUUUGAGUGUUCUUCAACAUGUCCUCACAUUAUGCAGUAAACACUUACAAGACCCAGAUGUUGCUGCGCAGGUAGGCAACUACAAAAGGUCAUGGCACAGAAUGGUUCAUAAGUCCAGGUGCUCUUCUGACCUUGUUAAUGGUACUGGUUUUCACUUAGUACGAUGGUACUCACUUAGUGCAAGUGAAAACAUCGACUGUUAAUUUUUUCCCUUGUAUCUGGAGGUGUACUUCUUUUAUAUAUAGCCAAAGACUCGGAUGUUAGUUAGUAUUGCAUCAACAAAGCACUUUCCCAUGCCUUUAUGAAAGUACUUAAGGGCAGAUUUAUAAGUAGUUUUUAAGCUGUCUCUUCCAUCAUAGACUUAAUUGCAUUUUUUUGCUCCCUUGAUCUAUCAAUCCAUCAAGCUUUCUAGUUUCUUUCAGGUCUCCUUGCCACUUUGUCUCUUUUUUUUCUGGAUAUUUUACAGUGUAAUGUAUCAUAACAUGUACUUUUUUAUGCAUUAAGUAAAUCAAUAAAUAAAUGAGUAACUUCAUUACCAUUGUUAUCUGUCAUUUCAGGUUGCUCACAAUGCAUUUGACAUGAUUGGUGGUAUGGUGGUUCAUCACAAUCGUCACAACUAUGAAACCCUGAUCAAGACAUUGUGUCACUCUGGACAGUACAUCAGGUUUUGAAUUGUUUUAUGUCUUGAAUCAUAGUUUAUCCACACUACCAUUGUCCCUAGUAUAAAGCUUGUAUGGGGCUCAUCUUCGGGUUUUACCCACUGUUCAUACCCUUUACAAAGAGGGAAACAGUGUGAAAUGACUUUCUUGUUGUAGUUAACAGUAUAUGAUGGUACUCAGCAUUGUACAGUGGAACCUCAAUAUAUCAAACCUCAAAGUCCUCGGUAAAACAAACGCCUUUCUUUACCCCAGUAAUAGAAAAAUAUAUGAAAAAGAACCUUGAUUUAACCAAACCUUGAUAUAGCAAACAAAUUUUGCCAGUCCCUUCCCUUUGUUAUAUCGAGGUUCCACUGUAUUUGUUUGUUCCUGCCAGGACAGGUGGAUGGUGGGUAGAAGUAAUAAGAUAAUUAGUAAGGACAUCAGUAGCUGUGUUUUAAGGUGUUUGUAAAACUAUACAGAGUGCAAAGAAAGUUGAUUUUACAGAAUGCCAUUUGAACAAGCUGUAGCUAGCAGAGGCUGGCCAACAAAUUUGAUUUCAACUAGCCCAGAAAAAAAUUGGAUGUUGUUUGAAUUCCCUUCAAAAUACUUAACUUUCCUGUUGGUCAAUUUAAGAACAGAGUUCACUUGCCCAGUAGCAAAAUCCACCAGCCCUGGCUACUGGCCUGAACUUUCUUUGCAUGCUUCUACUAUCAGUGACCCAUCUUCUUGGUUGUCUGAUACUGUUGAAUUAAAUGUAGUUUAUUUUGUUUAUGAUGAGACCUUUUGGAGCAGCCCAGUCGUCUGACUAAUAGAGGUGCCUUUUUCACCUUUUGUUUUACCUUAACACAAUAAUAACUUAAUAAAGAGUUCACACAAAAUGAUCUGAACAGUUCUUUUUUAUCUAAAACUAGGGCUUAUGAGAUGCUUGAAGUGAUGAAGAAGGAUUCUCAUGCACCAACCUAUGAUGUUUUUCUGGAUUUGGUACAGGCAUCAGUUAAAGACCCUGAGUGGUAAUGGUUGUUUUUAAAAUAGCUGAAAUGGUUUUGUUUAAGGUGUUAUGUUCCUUUAGGAAUGCCAGUAUGAGAACUCUGCAUGUGCAGUACACUGUUUUUGUACACUUGUGUCAUUGCCAUUGUUGCAGUCAGUCAUUGCAAAUAACACUAUUCAAGGUUUUCAGUAUGGCUUUGAUAAAUAUCCUCUUUGUUGGCCAGUCUGUUGUUGUCAGUCACCUGCCAAGAGUGGGUUCAAUGUCUCCCCAUUUCAUAUUGCUCUUAGCAAUGUUUCUGAUUUUUUUUUCUACCCUUUCUCUGGAAAAAUGAUAAAACAUUUUCAAACUGAACUGAGAAUUAAACAGCUGCUUUGGUGUCUGUUAUCAUUCAUCCUAUGUAAGAGAUGUCUGUACUGUACAAUGAAGUCACCACUGUGCUUUCUGUGCUUUUUGACACUCUUUUCAUUUAGGGCUUUCAGCCUUUUGGAUGAAAUUAAACAGUCUGGAGUGUUUAGGUCAAAGUAAGUAUUGCCACACCUAAUUUAACAUUAAUAAAGCAAGUCUUGUAUUCUGAUGAUGUCUAACCAUUUAAGUUUCCUGUUCUUUUUCCCUUCUCUCUGACCACCACUGUGUACCAUAUUUAAUUUUGGUUUAUGUCUUGAAACAGGAUUUGCAGUGACCUCAUACUCCUUGGGUGCAAGAGCGGAGAGUUCUUUAUUGAAAGAACUUGGCUGCUGUUUCAGGUAGAGUGUGCCAGAAGAAGAGACCAUAUCCAAUCUUUUCUUUAUUACCUGUAUGUCUUCCUUUUCAUACAAAGCCAUUCAUUUAAAAAAGUACUUUUUAUGAACAGAUUAAAGCUGGUGUAAGCUGAUUUAAUGCAAUUCCAAUUGUUCAUAGGUAAAACUAUUUUGUGUAUUGUUAAGGAAUUGCUUAACCUUUAACCAUUUUAUCUUUGAACCUAUAUAACUGUCUUUGCCAUCACAAAAUGUAGCAAAGCUACACAGAGUGUUCGUAUUUGUGUUUUCUAUGUUUGAAAAUGUUUGUUUGUUAUUUGCAAUGCAACUGGAGUGUUGACUACUCAAAUGAUGAGGUUAUGACAAAAUUCAACUUGUUAUUUAGAGGGUAAACAGUGUUGUCUAGUAAUGUGGUAUAAAAUGAAGUGCAAUAGAUGUCACUCAACUGAUGCUGUCUUCACAUCUGCAUGGAACAGUUGAUCGCAAAUAAAAGAUAUUUCACUUUGAAUUUUGUCACCCAGGCAGUGUGUUGCACAAAAUUUUGGUUAGUCUGAGCAACAAGUAGUUGUAAUCUCAGUCAGAUGAAACAUGUUAAACAUGGUGGGUGAAAGUGGGGAGGAGUGAAGUCUAAAGAACCUAAACUGGUGCCAUGAGGAAAAUUAUGGAGUGGUGAAGAAAUUCAUUGUCAGUUACCUGAUGCGAAUGGUUUGCCAGUGUACUGCCAGGCUAGUUUGAUCCACUACCUGGGUCAAACGACUUACAGUCCUCUGCCCUUGUUGAUGAGUGAAACAAUACUAUAAAAUGAGUGCAUGUUCCUGCAUCACCCUUUUGUCUUCACUGAUCAAGAUAUUAGGUGCAAUGAGAAUGUAUAUAUUAUGCAAAGUUAGUGAAAUGCAUUUCAACAGGCACUUGUGAACAGUGCUUUUUCAAGCAUGAUAAUUCAGAAAUGUUUUCAUGUAAACUUGUUUCCUCUACAUUUGUCCUCAACACAGUAUGAUAUACUCAUUGCAUAAGUUGUGAAAGUAAAACACCAAGUCUUAAUAUUUUUUUAAUAAUUUUAUUUAAUGUUUGCUUUUUAAUCAGGAAGCACUUAAAAAUCAAGUUCAAGUUACAGCAGAAGCAAUCUCGGCAAUCCUAUUGUAAGUUUGGUUUGCUUAUCUAUUCUAGAACAAGUGAUAAGACAGAAUUUUUUGCUGCUUGUAUUACUACUAAAAGACUAAUUGGUGUUCUAGACUAUCUUCUUAGUGGAACAAAAAUAUAACCCCUCCAUCAGAAGACCAAUUUAUGGUGAGAAUUUUGGCCAAUCUAACUUAAAAUCUGUACAUGAAAUCUAGUUAUGUUACAAUUCAAAUGAAAUUCCUUUGACCAAACCUUUGUAUGGUACUGAAAAUAAUAAUUUUUAUUGUUAUUUGUCAAGAUUUUACAAAGAGAAUCUUGAA